CCCCGCCCUGUAACACACGCACUGUCACUCAGCAGCCGCUCAGCCUGACAGCGAGGAGGGAGAGACGGGGGCUCUGGCACUUGUACCCGGCACUUGGCACACAGUAGCAGCCAAUAUGUCUGAAGUGAGAAAAUUCACCAAGCGCUUAAGCAGACCGGGAACCGCAGCGGAGCUGAGGCAGAGCGUGUCCGAGGCAGUGAGGAGCUCCGUUAUACUGGAAAAGGCAAGAGUGGUGGAGCCGUUGGAUUAUGAAGCCGUCAUAUCCCAAAGAAAAGCUCAGAUUUACAGUGAUCCACACAGAGAUAUGCUAAUGUUUCCCAUGGAAGAUGUGUUUAUAUCCAUAGUAGACCGCCAAUGGAGGACAGUGCAGUCUAUGGUCCCGGAUGAUGCAGAGAAUGAGGCAAGAAGCCUGUUUGUGAAAGAGUGCAUAAAAUAUUAUACCUCAGACUGGAAAGUAGUAAACUACAAAUAUGAGGAAUACUCAGGUGAUUUUCGGGCUUUGCCCUGCAAAUCAUUUCGCCCAGAAAAGAUUCCAAAUCACAUAUUUGAAAUAGAUGAAGAUUUUGAUAAAGAUGAGGAUUCUGCAUCAAUUUGUUCUCAGAAGGGAGGAGUGAUUAAACAAGGCUGGCUGAAUAAAGCCAAUAUAGGGACCACCAUUCCUGUUACAAUGAAGGUAUUCAGAAGGAGGUACUUCUAUCUAACUCAGCUGCCUGAUGGCUCCUAUAUCCUUAAUUCAUACAAGGAUGAGAAAAACUCAAAGGAUUCCAAAGGCUGCAUUUUCCUGGAUUCCUGCAUUGAUGUUAUCUUGUGCCCUAAGAUGCGCCGUAAUGCUUUUGAAUUGCGAAUGUUGGACAAAUCCAGCCAUUAUUUGGCAGCAGAAACAGAACAGGAAAUGGAGGAGUGGCUGCUGACUUUAAAGAAAAUCAUUCAGAUCAAUGCAGACAGUUUGGUGCAGGAGAAGAAGGACACAGUGGACCCUGUACAAGAUGAUGAAGCCAGCAGUGGUCAGGGGAAAUCAGAAAACAUUAUGGAGAGUUUGGAAAGAAGCAUGCAUCCUGAACUGAUGAAGUAUGGAAAAGAGACUGAGCAUCUUAAUAAGUUAAGCAGAAGUGAAGGACGGCAAAACAUCUUCUCAUUUGAUUCAGAAGUGCAGAGAUUGGAUUUCUCAUUCAUUGAGCCAGACAUAAGGCCAUUUGAAGAGAAAGGCAGCCAGCGUUUCAUUGCAAAGUGUCAAGAUCUGGUCUUCAGUGUCCUUGGAAAUGUUAAUGAUAAACCAGAUGGACCACUUACAAAUGUGGAGCCUUUCUUUGUCACUUUGGCGUUAUUUGAUGUAAAGAACAAUUGCAAAAUCUCUGCUGAUUUCCAUGUGGACCUGAACCCUCCGGCAGUACGGGAAAUGUUGCCAAAUAUUUCAGUUCAGUCGGAUAAAGGUAACAAUUCUAGAAGAGCAUCAGUCAGUGAAAACCUCAUCCAUGGAAUUCCUGAAUUGCAUUUUUUGGACAUAAAAGAGGGGGUCUUCUCAGUGACAAAUCCACACCCUGAAAUUUUCCUUGUAGCCCGGGUGGAAAAAGUACUACAGGGCAAUAUUACACACUGCGCUGAACCAUAUAUGAAAAACUCUGAUCCUACAAAGACGGCCCAAAAGGUUCUGAAGAAUGCUAAGCUGGCAUGCAGUAGACUGGGUCAGUACAGGAUGCCACUUGCCUGGGCUGCAAGGCAAGUGUUUAAAGAUACGCAGGGGACGCUUGACACUGAGGCAAAAUUCUCUCCAUUAUACAAACAAGAUAGCAGCAAACUCUCCACUGAAGACCUCUUGAGGCUACUGACAGAGUACAGAAAACCUGAAAAAUCAAAGCUCCAAGUUAUUCCUGGACAGCUUAUUGUUUCAGUAGACUGCAUUCCCAUUGACUUCUCAAACUGUGUCACAUCUUCCUAUGUUCCUAUAAAGCCAUACAACACAGAAAGCCCUGGGAUUGCUGUUGAGGUAGAAGAGUUUGUGCCCGAAAUAACAAAAUACUGUUAUCCAUUCACUAGCUACAAAAACCACUUUUACGUCUAUCCUCUGCAUUUGAAAUAUGAUAACCAGAAAACAUUUGCCAAGGCCAGGAACAUUGCAGUCCUGAUUGAGUUCAGAGAUUCCGAUGAGCCUGACUGCCAAGCUCUGAAGUGCAUUUAUGGAAAGCCCGGUGUACCUGUUUUCACCAGAAAUGCCUAUGCUGUUGUCUUGCACCAUAAUCAGAGCCCAGAGUUCUAUGAUGAGAUAAAACUCGAGCUACCUCUGCACCUUCACCAAAAGCACCAUUUGUUAUUCACCUUCUACCAUGUCAGCUGUGAUAUCAGUGCUAAGGGGAGUAGCAAGAAGAACGAGAAUCCUGAAACACCAGUUGGCUACAGCUGGGUUCCAUUGUUGAAGGAUGGCCGGAUUAUGACUUCUGAGCAACAGUUACCUGUUUCAGCCAACCUCCCUGCUGGUUAUCUGAGCUGCUGUAAUCCUGAUGCAAAAAAGGUUGGCGGUGAUAUUAAAUGGGUUGAUGGGGCAAAGCCACUCUUUAAAAUCAGAAGCCACCUAAAGUCAACAGUUUAUACUCAGGAUUUGCAUCUGCACAACUUUUUUAACUACUGCCAACUUGUUCAGUCUGGAUCCAAAGAUCUUCCUGGGGAAAUGGUUAAAUACUUAAAGUGCUUGCAUGCCAUGGAGGUCCCAGUGAUGAUUCAGUUUUUGCCUGUGAUUCUCACACAGCUUUUUCAGGUCCUAACUACAGUUUCCCAUGAGGAUGAGGUAGCCUUAAAUUGCACUCUGGUUCUCCUUCACAUUGUGUCGAAAUGCCAUGAAGAAGGUUUAGAUCAUUACCUGCGCUCCUACUUAAAGUAUGUCUUUAGAAUAGAGAAAUCAAGUUCCUCGAAUUCAAGGCCCAUGCAUGAAAUCCUUGCAAUCACAAUGAUAACAGUGCUGAAACAGUCUGCAGAUUUUCUGGCAAUAAACAAGUUAUUGAAGUACUCGUGGUUCUUCUUUGAAGCUUUGGCCAAGGCUAUGGCAUUAUUCCUGAUAGAAGAGAACAAAAUCAAGACUCCUCGACCGCAGAGGUUUCCUGAGGCUUACCAAAAUGUCCUGCACUCACUUCUCCUUUCUAUAAUUCCACAUGUCACGAUAAGGUAUGGGGAGAUUCAAGAAGAAUCUAGAAAUGUCAAUUUUAGUUUGGCCAACUUUAUUAAGAGAUGCCUUACUUUUAUGGACAGAGGAUUUGUCUUUAAUCUCAUCAAUGACUACAUGUCAGGAUUCUCGCUAAAAGACCCAAAGAUUCUAGCUGAAUACAAAUUUGAGUUUUUACAAACCAUCUGCAGCCAUGAACAUUUCAUCCCUCUUAACCUACCAAUGGUGUUUGCAAAAACCAAGCUACUGAGAGUCCAAGAUUUGUUAUCAUAUGCUGUGGAACGGUUCACUUCGCUAGAUAUAAAUCUUGAAUGCAGUCUGACUGAUGACUAUUGCCGGAACCAUUUUCUGGUUGGCCUCUUACUGCGAGAAGUGCAGCAGGUUCUGCAAGAGAACUAUGACAUCAGAUAUAUUGCAAUUUCCACUCUGAAACAAAUUCUAAUAAAACAUGCUUUUGAUAACAGAUACCAGCACAAGAACCAGCAAGCCAAAAUUGCUCAACUCUAUCUCCCACUGAUAGCCAUGCUGCUAGGGAACGUGUCACGGUUUGCUGGCAGGGACACUUUGUACCAUUGUGCUGCUAUGUCUACUUCUGUUUCCAGGGACUCAUUUAUAUGCAACUUCACUUCUUCCAACAGAUCAAGUUUGAUCAUGGACAAAGACACAGGAUGCAGUUCAAUUUCCAAUGGCUAUAUUCUGAACAGAGAGGAUUCCAGAGGAUCAUUGUACAUUGAUGGAGCAACAGAACAAACCGCCACUGGGGAAAAUAUGCGCAGAUGUUCUACAAAAAGCUCUGUGUCCCAGUACAGCAGAUUGGAUUCUUAUGAGAUAAAGAGCCUUCUUAUUUGCUAUCUGUAUAUUGCCAAAGUGAUUUCAGAUGAUUUACUGGUCAGCUAUUGGAAUAAAAUUACUCCGCCAGAGCUACUCAGUUUUCUCACACUUCUUGAGGUUUGUUUGUUUCACUUCAGAUAUACAGGAAAACGGAACAUAGCCAGAGUACAGGACGUGUGGAUGUCCAAGCACUUUGCAGGCGACAGAAAGUCUCAGACCAUGCCUGCACUAAGGAGCCGGACAGGAGCCAUUCAGGCUCGACUUCAACAUCUUAGUAGCCUGGAAAGCUCCUUCACCCUUAACCUCAGUUCAAGCACCACUGAAGCAGACAUUAUCCACCAAGCCUUGCUUGAAGGGAAUUGUGCCACGGAAGUUUCCUUGACAGUUCUAGACACUAUUUCUUUCUUCACACAGACUUUUAGGACUCAGCUGCUUAACACUGAAUGUCACAAUCCACUUAUGAAGAAAAUCUUAGAUAUUUAUCUGGCUUUCCUGAAAAAUGGCCAGUCAGAGAUGUGCUUAAAGCAUGUAUUUGCAUCACUAAGAUCCUUUAUUAGCAAGUUUCCUUCAGCUUUUUUCAAGGGACGGGUGAAUAUGUGUUCAGCUUUUUGUUAUGAAGUUCUAAAGUGUUGCACAUCCAAACUGAGCUCCACCAGGAAUGAGGCCUCUGCUCUUCUGUAUCUUCUCAUGAGGAACAACUUUGAGUUCACAAAGAGGAAAACAUUUCUAAGGACACACCUACAAAUUAUAAUUGCAGUAAGCCAGUUAAUUGCAGAUGUGGCUCUCAGUGGAGGAUCCAGAUUUCAAGAAUCACUUUCUAUUAUUAACAACUUUGCCAAUAGUGACAAAGCAAUGAAGGCAACUUCCUUCCCUUCAGAAGUCAAGGACUUGACUAAAAAAAUCCGUACUGUCAUCAUGGCUACAGCUCAAAUGAAGGAACAUGAGAAGGAUCCAGAAAUGCUGAUUGAUCUACAAUACAGUUUGGCCAAGUCUUAUGCCAGUACUCCUGAGCUCAGAAAGACCUGGUUAGAGAGUAUGGCCAAAAUACACACCAAAAAUGGAGAUUACUCAGAGGCUGCAAUGUGUUCCAUUCAUGUGGCUGCAUUAGUUGCUGAGUUCCUGUUACGGAAAAAGUUAUUCCAUUGUGGGUGCUCUGCAUUUAAGAAGAUCACUCCCAAUAUUGAUGAAGAGGCAGCAAUGAAAGAAGAUGCAGGCAUGAUGGACGUCUACUACAGUGAGGAAGUGUUGGUGGAAUUACUUGAACAAUGUGUUGAUGGGCUGUGGAAGGCGGAGCGAUAUGAAACAAUUUCCGAGGUUUCUAAAUUGCUUAUCCCAAUUUAUGAAAAAAAGCGGGAAUUUGAGAAACUCACCCAGCUCUACAGAACUCUUCACGGUGCUUACACAAAAAUACUAGAAGUCAUGCAGACUGGAAAACGACUUCUAGGAACUUACUUCAGGGUAGCCUUUUAUGGACAGGCUUUCUUUGAAGAUGAGGAUGGGAAGGAAUAUAUCUACAAGGAGCCAAAACUCACAGGACUCUCAGAAAUCUCAUUACGGCUACUCAAUCUUUAUGGUGAAAAGUUUGGCACAGAAACUGUGAAAAUUAUUCAAGAUUCAAACAAGGUGAAUGCCAAAGACCUGGACCUCAAGUUUGCCCAUAUUCAAGUUACAUAUGUGAAGCCAUACUUUGAAGAACAUGAUCUUUCUGACAGGAGAACUGAUUUUGAGAAGAAUCACAACAUUGCCCGAUUUGUUUUUGAAACUCCCUACACUUUGUCAGGAAAAAAGCACGGCUGUGUGGAAGAGCAAUGCAAGAAACGCACAAUUUUAACAACAUCCAACUCUUUUCCAUAUGUCAAGAAAAGGAUACCAGUUAUCUAUGAGCAUCAGGUUGAUCUGAUGCCUGUGGAUGUUGCCAUUGAUGAGAUUAAAGAGAAAACAGCUGAUUUGCAGAAGAUAUGUGCCUCACCUGACAUAGAUAUGAUACAAUUGCAACUUAAGCUGCAGGGCUGUGUGUCAGUGCAGGUCAAUGCUGGUCCAUUAGCCUACGCCAGAGCUUUCCUUGAAGACAGUCAGUCCAGCAAAUAUCCCAACAAAAAGAUUAAAGAGCUAAAGGAUAUUUUCAAGCACUUCAUCCAAGCUUGCAGCAUAGCACUGGACUUAAACGAGCGGCUUAUUAAGGAUGACCAGAUUGAAUACCAGGAGGGUCUCAAGUCAAAUUUUAGGGACAUGGUGAAGGAACUUUCAGAAAUAAUUCAUGAGCAGAUGUUUCAGGAAGAUACCAUGCAGUCAUCCUGGAUGCAGAAUUCCUUACAUGUGUUCUGUGCAAUCAGUGGGACUGUAACAGAAUAAACUGCAGCAGCACAAGAUUGGGGAGUAAUCUUCCUAUCUCAGGAACAAAUGGACACAAGCUUACAAACCAGUUCUGAUCCUCCAGUACAGAAGAGUUGCACUGAGCUACAGCUGGAUUUUAUGGACAUUAUUGCUGUUAAUAGAAACUGUCAACUGGUGUUUGGUUGCUGUUUGUUACUGGACUGAGGUUACUGCAUAACCCCAUGAGUGUUUAGUAAAUGCUUUGUCUCCUCAAAGGUAAAUUGUCAGAUCAGUGUGAUAGUUAUCUUUAAACACUCAUUGGUAAUUUUGACCUGUGGUCAAAGGCAGAUACACAUCUGUUGGUGGCACAAAAUAACAUAUAUCACACAUACUUCAUACAGAAUGUAGGUGCUUUUAUUGACAAGGCUAAUUUAUUACCAGUGGAUGUAGGAGUGAAUAUAGCUAUGCAAUUUGUUACAAAAUUGCCUUGUGCCUAAUACACAAAUUAUCGUAAGCCUUACAAUCACGUGGUUCCGAUAGCAAACCUAUUACAUUACCUAUAACAGUAUUCUAGAGCAUUUUCUUACUGUUGUUACUAGUGUACUCUGAUAAUGUACUUCCAUGUCUGCAACAGUCGAGUGCCUCCAUGAUUUGCAGCCAGUUUUGUCUCUUAAGUAAUCCGGUACAUAUUUUUUAUCGUCAUUUUGAAUAUAGGGAAGAAUGUAUUUAUUUUAGGUUAGAGCUGGACUUAAGGAAUCCUGACGGCAGGGUGAAGAUCCCUUUCCCUUGCUCUCACUUUGCAUGUGGGUGCUAGCAUAGGGUCUGGCAUUUCCAGGAUACAUAUUAUUUCUCUUGGCAGCUUGAAAAGGAAUCAUAUAAUAAAAUAAAGGAUUCUGUCUUGAGUAUUGUAGCUCUGCUCUGUAGCUGUAAUGCAGACACAUGAAGAAACCCGUAAACUCUGUGUAGAGAAUUUACAAACAGCACUUUUUUGUUAGAAGAUUGAAUGGAGAUAAAUUAUAACUGCCUGUUUCCCAAUGAGCUUAUUGUUGGUGUAAGCUGAACGAAACAAUAUUACCAAAAAAUAAAAAUUUAAGUAACAAAAUA